CAACCCUAUUCCUAGUUUAGUUGACAGAUACCGGCAUCACUCUGUUCGUCCUCCCCGUAACCGCUCGACUCAUGUCCCCCGCUUCUCUCCUCAGCGCUCUAAUCCUACCUAUUCCUCUCGCAGAAAACGGUGCCAAGUCUCAAACUGCCUUCGUAUGUAUCUGUGUGGUAAUUUAGCUCACGUUUAACCAUUGACUCGGUUUUAACUCGGGCGUUGUUAGCUAAUUAACUACCUUGCUUCGUUCCUCCUUCCCCUACAAGCACGCCUUUACUGUGGCCAAUCAGAAACGAUAGCAUCGGAGCGGCAAUUUAUAAUCAACUUCCAUCCAUUGUCAUUUUAACCGUCCAGCAACACAGCAGCACCUUGACAUCUGUUUAGUGUCCAGCAAAGGACAAAUGACAAUGUAAAAGAGUAUACUUUUGAAUUGUAAUUAAUGAAGUGAAAUUAUGAACUGGCAAGUAGCUAGCUAGCUAAAGUUAGAUAAGUGAUUUCAGUGCGGUCGCUCAUGAGGAGAGUUCGCUGUGUGACAACGCCGGCAAUCUGACUGCUUUCAUGCUAGCUGUUACGGCAACUGCACAGAUUUAUAUCUUUGGAACAUCUGUUCUAGCUAGGUAGCCUCUUUAUUUCAUGAAGCAUAUCCAUUGAAGAUGGAAAAGGAUGUUUCCAGCGUAAGCAAACAUAAUGCCACGAAGACAGAUCUGAGUUUGUUGCUGGAGUGUCUGAAGUACCAGAUGAGAUGUCCUGAUUCACAGAAACAAGCGCUUCUUACCAUCUAUUCUAUCUGUCAACAGAGAGAGGAGAAUGUGAACUUCUUCAGAGAGAUUGGAGGGGUGGUGUUUGUGUACAACCUCUCCAAAUCGAGUGCUCACGCAGAGGUCAGGGAGACCUCUCUCUUCAUACUGGGAACGCUGGCAGAGGCCAAUGUGUACUGUAAGCAGGCCUUGUGUAGGAGGGAGCUGUUCAGUGAUCUGACAGAUGGUCUGAUGCAGCAGGACAGCCCACUGACCCAGAGGAGAGUAGCUGUCUACCUGAUCUCUGUCCUUGUCGCCAACAACAGGUCUGGACAGAUUUUCGCUCAGACCUCUGGCUGUCUGGACAUCCUGCUAGACUUGUUCAGGACUAGUUUCCCUCUCUCUGGCAAGGCCACAGUGAAACCUGCGAACAUCACUCAGCUGUUCCAACUCUGGACCUCUGUGUCCAGUGCUCUCUGUGGCUGUGUCAACAACCCCCAGAAUGAGGAGAGCCAGCGUAUCUGUGUGUCAGCCUUCCCCCUGGUCAAGUCCUGGCUGCAGCAGCUCUCUCACCCCCAGGCAGAGAUGGUUCAGCCCAUCUGCUCCUUCAUAGCCAUGACGGUCGCCAACAACCAUUGUGCUCAGGAGACUUUUUACAGAGUUGGCGGGCUCGGAACUCUGACCCAAACUCUGAUUCACUUUGCCUCUGAUGCCUCCCACAGCCCAUUGGCCUGUAAGCUGUCUGUCAUCAUGACCAAAACUGUGUCAGCCUGCAUCACUGACAACCCUGUGUUGGUGUCAGGUCUGGCAGGUUAUGGUUUGGUUCCCCCUCUCAUCUCCCUGCUGUCCAGCCCCAUCCUGGAUCCCCAAGGCAGGCUAAUUAUCAUACUCACCCUGGGACACUGUACUGAGGCCUCUGCGGAGCACCAGUCUCAGUUGUUACAGUGUGGAGGUCUGUCCCUCAUCAUCACUCUACUGACUGAGUCUACCAGCGAAGAGCUCAGGAAGGCUGCUACGUUCAUACUGCAGACCUGCAAACAGGCUACUGUGUCUCUGUGUGGUGCAGUCCAGGGGGUGUCCCUGGGUCAGACUGGGGAGCUGGAGCCCCCUGUGGACAUGGAGAGGUACUGGAGGUCAGCACGAGACAUGCUGCACAGGAUCAACCAGCUGGAGAGACAACAGGCUCAGGGAGAUGAGGAGGACACACCGAACCCCCCAGACCAACAGAACCCUGCAGGAUUGGGGAGGAAGGAGCUACUCUCACCCAUACCCCUCCCCCCAACCCCCCACCACAUCUCCCUACCAUACGAGGAGAGGAGAGGAGGAGGAGGAGGAGGAGAUAAGAGGUGUGAGGAGAGUUGGAGAGGAGUAGAGUGGAGGGGCCAACAGAGAAGAUAUGGAAGGGGAGGAGAGAAAGGAGAGGAGAGGGCAAUGGAUGGUGAGAGAGAGACCCCUGUCCUGCCUGUCUUAGCGAAGGUGGGUAGAGAUGGAGAGAGAGUGAAGCGAGACCAGAGAGAGGAGAAUCAACCCACAAACAGAGGGCAUGACCUAACGCGUGUAAGGAGACUGGUAUUCCAAGCCAGUGAGGAGCCACAGAAACACAGCCGCAGAGAGCGAGAGAAGAGGACCUGCACACACUCUCUCACACAUCAAGAGAGGGAGAGCGACAGGGCAGCAUACAGAAACACACCGGCAGAACAGGAAAGACGCACCACGCUGCACACACUUGGAAACACACAAAGAGAGAAGAAAAGGGACAGCGGCUCGGCAGCUAUGAGAAACACUUAUCCUCUCUACACGAAAACACUGGCAGAGAAAGGCAAAACCACACAGACCGAGAACUGCCGAGACGAGCACCCUGGGAGGAGACUGCAGACUGUGUCAGCCGCGGGCCAUGCUGGACUUGGUACAGCUGGUGUCGCGGGGCAGCCCAGUGGUGGAGAGGAUGAGAGGUGUUCUGUAUGUCUGGGGACGGGAACACUGGUCACCUCUUCCUCCAGGCCACUAGAGGGACACUCCCAGACACACACACACAGCCAAGUGUUCAAGUGCCCAGCUCCAGGCAAGUCAGGUUUGGGCAGGCAGAAGAAACGGUUGGACAAUGAAGAUGUCCUCUCUGUGUGUUCUGAGCUUCUGGACAGUGAGAUCCGUAAAAUAAUGGAGACUCCAGCCACCACAUAUAAACCCACCUAUAGGUGCUCAGGCUGUGGGUUGCGGUUCAGUGAGGUGACCAGCCGGUCAUUCCCUGUCCUCCAGAGGUCCUGUCCUCACAGCUGUGACCUGCACAUGGUGCUGCAGCAGGCCACACACAGCUACACAAAGUGCCUCCGAGAAAUAUGCAGGAGGAGAGACGCACACACGACCAAGCAGAGAGAGGGAGGGAUGCAGAGCGUCUCGGAUAACUGCAGAGAUGCCAGUCUAACUCCUAUCCAUAAAGGAACCCUGCUGAAGAGCUUCUCAACGCACAGAGGACAAUACAGAAAUGACCACAACCAUGUGAGUCUCACCCCUCUAAAGAAGCGUAGUCCAUAUGGAGAUAUCACCCUGACUCCUGUGCGUAGAGGUGGUCUGAUGAGGAGCGUCUCCUCUGUGACCAGCAGGGGGCAGGAGAGAGGAGAUGUUAGUCUCACUCCCUUGAAGAAGGCUCGGCCCUCUGAAGACAGGAGAACAGAUCAUGGGGAAGAUGGUGCCAUUGAUGAUCAGCAGGAGACUCUGUUCAUGGGAAAACCCUCUCUGACUAGGGAGAAGAGGAAAUUCAGCCGUGACGAGGAGCGUUACCUGUGUCGAGGUUUGGUCUAUCCUGGAACACCAUCCUGUGGUCCUAUCCCUUCCAGCCGGGGCGCACCAAUGUAGAUCUGGCCAAGACAUACAAACACCUGCAGGCUAAAUUCCAGGGUAUGGUUUCAACCUCUCCCUGAGAUCUGAGAAGACCACACUGAUUUGUCUAUUGUACAUCACAGUAAUAUAUUUGAAAUACUCAAAUUUAAUAUUGAGGUAAUAAUUUUGAAGUACUUACAUUUAAUCCCCAGUUUGAAUUGGUUAACUUCUAUUUUGUACUACUGUAAGUAAACCACAUGAAGAUGUAUUUGAAAUGCGUUAAUUUAAUACUCAUUGAGGAUUAAUGACCGACCUGUUCUGUAUUCCUCAACCUUGUUUUUUACGCAGCAGUAUUGUGGUGCCCAUGUGAAGUAGUUGAAUAUUAUUUGGAAUAGAAACAUUAAUCAUUUCCAUUUAACUUGACAUUUUUCAUAAUUUUGUUCACUGUUCAUGACUGAGAUGGUUGUUCACUUGUCAUCUCCUGAAGUUGUUUCUAUUGAAUUAAACAAAAGGGUGUCCGA